AUGCAACUUGAUGAGGACGAUAUGAUCACGAAUAUCUUCUGGGCAGAUGAUCGGUCUAUAAGUGAUUAUAAUCUUUUUGGAGAUGUCGUCUGCUUUGACACAACUUACAAGACCAAUGAAUAUGAUAGACCAUUUGCUCCAUUUAUCGGGGUCAAUUAUCAUAAGCAAACUAUAGUGUUUGGUGCUGCUCUCUUAUAUGAUGAAACCACUGAGUCAUAUAAGUGGCUUUUCGAGACUUUUCUUGGAGCAAUGUCUGGAAAACAACCAAAAACUAUUCUUACUGACCAAUCUGCAGCAAUGGCGAAUGCAAUAGUGAAGUUGAGUCAUGUAUUUCAUGGGCCAGGACAGUUUGCCACAGACUUUGGAAACUGUGUAUAUGACCAUGAGGAAGAAGAAGACUGGCUAUUGGCAUGGAGUAAUAUGCUCAAUAAGCAUAAUUUGACAGAGAAUAAAUGGUUAAAGAAUAUGUUUGAGGUGAGAGAAAAAUGGGCAAUGGUAUAUGGACGUCAUACUUUUACAGCAGAUAUGAUGAGCACACAACGUAGUGAAAGUAUGAAUAAUAUUUUGAAAAGAUGCUUGAAGAGUAGUUAUGACUUGUUGUCCUUCUUUGAACACUAUGAGAGAGUGUUGGAUGAUCGGCGAUAUAACGAGUCAAAUGCUGACUUCAAAAUGAUGCAUACCUCUUCGGUAUUAUCUGCUACCGUAGAGAUGUUGCAACAUGCAGAAGAGGUGUAUACACCCGAAGUUUUUAAGUUGUUUCAGAAGCAAUAUACAGUUAUCGGUGAUUAUGUUGCUAAAAAAGUCAGCAAGUCUGAGAUGGUGUAUGAAUACAAAGUAUCUUAUCGUGGUGGACCGCGAGAGCAUUUGGUUAAUUAUGAUGCUACAAACCAAACGAUACAGUGUAGUUGCAUGAAGUAUUCUUUUGCUGGGAUCUUAUGUCGUCAUGCAAUGAAAGUAUUGGAUAAGAAGGAUGUUAGGAGAAUUCCAUCUAGCUACAUCUUGAAUCGAUGGAGUAAAGAGGCAAAAUCACGAAACAUAUCUUCUUAUCGUUCAGAGACAUUUAAUGGAACAGUAACGCAAUCGAUUGGAAAGCGUUAUAGCCAUUUAUGUCACAAUUUCCGUGAGAUUGCAUCUGUUGCUGCUGAACAUGUAGAAUUGACGAUGUGUGCGAAUGAAGCUGCAUGUGAAUUGAUUAAAAUAUUGGAGAAAAAGAAAAAAGAACUUGUGAAGGCUAAUGUAUGGAUGCUCCCAACUUCAAAUGUUGAACAUGUGGAAAGAGAAGAAGAAGACGAGGAAGUUCUAAAUGCACGUGGAAUUAAAAGAAAAGCUACUGUUGGACGACCAAAGAACAAAAAGCAAAACGUGACUUCGUAA